GCUCGAUUGUUUUACCUUGGUAAGUCAGUAAAGAAGAAAGGUGUAUGGUGUCAUUGUUUUAGGUCGAAGACCAAUGAGAUCAGCUUCAUUUUGUGUAAACAAGUUGUCGAAAGUGUAGAAAGAAAAUGAGAAAAAUGAGGAGAUAUCGAGACUAAUCGAAGGAGAAGCGGAGGGUCCUUCUCGAGAUCCCACCGACUCUGCCUAUGGACUGAUCGAGGAAGUGACCCCUACUACUCCCUAACUACUACUACUACCAAGUGCAGUAGCUGCUCCUCUCUUCUCGUUUUGACAGCCACUUUCCACCCAGAUCCAGCCACACAUAACUGCAGUCGACGGGACCUUUUCUGACAAAGGCAAAAAUGUCAGGCCAGCGUAGUGGCUUAGGGGCUGGCACAAGUAGCAGUGGUGCAACAGGGAGCAACACGAACAGUAAUGCAACGAGUAGCAAUCCCCAUGGGUUGAAACAGAUUGACCUUGAUCAGAUAUGGGGUGAUCUCAGACAGGGAAUAGAACAGGUUUACAAUAGCCAAGAAAUGUCAAGACCUCGCUACAUGACACUUUACACUCAUGUCUACAAUUACUGCACAUCGGUGCAUCAACAGUCGACCAAAGCUGGUGGUAGUGGUGGAGGUCCUCGUGCCAAGAAAAGUACGGCUGCUGGAGGAGGAGCCCAGUUUGUUGGUCUUGAACUCUACAAACGUCUUAGAGAUUUCCUAAAGACAUACCUUCUAGCACUUAUGAAACUGUUGGACCCCAGCCAUCUCAGCUUGGCUACGUGGAGUUCAAAGACAAGAUGCGAGGAUGGUGUAGAUUUGAUGGAUGAAGAAGUCUUGCGUUUUUAUACCAACCAGUGGGAAGAAUAUCAGUUUUCCAGUAAGGUGCUGAACGGUGUGUGUGCAUAUUUGAAUCGUCAUUGGGUUAAGAGAGAGUGUGAUGAAGGUAAUAAAGGAAUUUAUGAAAUUUAUCAACUUGCCUUAGUUACAUGGAGAGACCAUUUAUUCCAGCCGCUAAAUAAACAAGUAACAAAUGCAGUUUUGAAAUUAAUAGAGAGAGAAAGAAAUGGUGAGACAAUCAAUACUAGAUUAGUCUCAGGUGUCAUGAAUUGCUACGUUGAAUUAGGUUUGAAUGAAGAUGAACCUAGUGCAAGAGGGCAGAACCUGUCUGUCUAUCGUGAUUCCUUUGAAAAUACUUUCCUUGAAGACACUGAAAGGUUUUAUACAAGGGAAUCGACUGAAUUCCUUCGAAAUAAUCCUGUUACUGAAUAUAUGAAAAAGGCAGAAACUAGAUUAUUAGAAGAACAGCGUCGAGUGCAAGUGUACCUUCAUGAAACUACUUUAGAAAAACUAGGAAAAACAUGUGAGAAAGUUCUCAUUGAAAAACAUUUAGAAAUAUUCCAUAAUGAAUUCCAACAUCUUCUUAAUGAUGAUAAGAACGAAGAUCUUGCAAGAAUGUAUCAGCUAGUUUCAAGAAUACCAGACGGAUUGCGGGAAUUGAGAACGUUGCUAGAGCAGCACAUAACUGCGCAAGGUUUGGCUGCAAUUGACAGAUGCGGGGACUCUGCUCUUAAUGAUCCUAAAGUAUACGUGCAGACAAUAUUAGAAGUCCAUAGAAAAUACAAUUCCUUGGUGCUUACUGCUUUCAAUAAUGACACUGGUUUUGUAGCUGCUUUAGAUAAGGCUUGCGGUAGGUUUAUAAAUAUCAACAGCGUAACAAAGACUCCUAAUUCAUCAUCAAAAUCUCCUGAACUUUUAGCAAAAUACUGUGAUUUAUUGCUUAAGAAGUCCUCCAAGAACCCUGAAGAGGCAGAGUUAGAAGAUACGCUCAACCAGGUAAUGAUAGUUUUCAAGUAUAUAGAAGAUAAGGACGUCUUUCAAAAAUUCUACAGUAAAAUGUUGGCCAAGAGAUUGGUACAGCACAUGUCUGCAAGCGAUGAUGCCGAGGCUUCAAUGAUUUCCAAGUUGAAACAAGCUUGUGGUUUUGAAUAUACCUCAAAAUUGCAGCGUAUGUUCCAGGAUAUUGGUGUUUCUAAAGAUCUUAAUGAUCAGUUUAGAAAACAUUUAGCAAGUAGUAAUGAGCCAUUAGACUUGGACUUCUCGAUACAAGUACUUUCAUCGGGUUCCUGGCCUUUCCAACAAUCUCAAACUUUCACUCUUCCUCAUGAGCUGGAACGAAGUGUGUCGAGGUUCACAACCUUUUACUCCAGCCAACACAGUGGUCGUAAGCUCAACUGGUUAUUCCAUUUGUCAAAGGGAGAAAUCGUCACUAAUUGCUUUAAAAAUAGUCUCAAGUCAGCUGGGCAUGACGUCACUGCGCUUACGUAUACACUACAAGCAUCUACCUUUCAAAUGGCUGUGCUCCUUCAGUUUAACAAUGCUGUUUCAUGGAGUGUUGGCCAUUUACAGGAGAUGACAGGAAUUUCACAAGAUAUUUUAUUGCAAGUUGUGCAGAUUCUUCUCAAGUGUCGACUCCUUGUGUCAGAGGAUGAGGAAGACAUAUCGUUAGAUUCUAGGGUUAAUCUUUUCCUUGGCUACAAGAACAAAAAACUCAGGGUUAAUAUCAAUGUGCCAAUGAAAACUGAAAUGAAGAUUGAGCAAGAACUAACUCACAAACACAUCGAAGAAGAUAGGAAGCUACUUAUACAGGCUGCUAUUGUGCGAAUAAUGAAAAUGAGAAAAGUCUGUAAACAUCAGCAGCUUCUAAUGGAAGUCCUUAAUCAGCUUACUCCUCGGUUUAAACCUCGGGUACCAACCAUCAAGAGAUGCAUUGACAUUCUGAUCGAAAAGGAGUACUUAGAGAGGAUAGAUGGCCAAAAGGACACGUACAGCUACUUAGCUUAAAGGUUAAUAACUUGUAGGAGUAAACCUUGCCAGGCAUAGUAUAAUUAGAAACCCAUAAUGUGAUGUGAUUAGCUACUUCGGGCCUUACAGGAAUAUAUGGAGAAAUAUUUUUCUGCCAUGAAUUUUAAAUCUAGCCUCAGUUUUCUCCUGUUUAACUCAUAUUUGCUGAUCAUCAUAAUGAAUUACAUUGCUCUCAUAUGUUCAUUACCACUCAUUGUACCCAUAGGCACGUUUAUCUGUGGAAGCACACAGGACCAUUCAUAUACCCUGUUUAUUAUAAUUUUUCCCAUAAUUUAUCCUUUUAAUAAGAUUUUUUACCUGGAUCUUAAUGUGUCAUUUAUUGCCUUUAAGGAUUUCAAUUAAAAUCCUCCAAGUCAUUCAGAAUAAUUAUUGUAUAUAUAUAUAUAUAUAUAUAUAUAUAUAUAUAUAUAUAUAUAUAUAUAUAUAUAUAUAUAUAUAUAUAUAUAUAUAUAUAUAUAUAUAUAUAUAUAUAUACAUAUACAUACAUACAUACAUAUACAUAUAUAUACACACCUUGAUUCUGUUGUGUAAGAAACAAGGGUUUGAUAGUGUUAUAACAAAAUAGGAAUCUGUACAAGAUUAUUGCCCCAUCAAUUUGUUGAAAUUUAGUGAGUGAGCAAGUGAAAAGACUACCACAUUAAUUUUUAUGCCAUGUUUGUUCCUAAAUUUCAUGUGAAAUUUUUUUUAUUUUUUAUUUUGAGUGUAUUAGAUCUGUUUUAUUUUUCUUGUAUGUAUGCCAUUUUGUUUCAUUUAGAUUCAUUGAAAGAGAUUAAAAGAGCAAAUGUCAUCAACAUUGUUGCAGAAGUGUGUUUGGUUGAUGUGGAUAAGAGCCUACAAUCCACCCUAACCCAAUCUCCACAAACCUGUAGGUUAAGGGACUCAGUCUGUGAUUGUUCGGAGAGGGUUUGGGCUUGGCUUAAUUGUCCACGGCUUUUCUGGCCAUAAUACAAAGACUUCUGUGUGAGCAUUUUACCUAUCAUGAAUAUAUUACCUGAAAAUUGGUUCCUAUUUUAUAGUGAAAUACAGCAAAUCCCAUUUAUAAAUAAAAAAAUCCUAAUUUGUCCUCUUACUUAACCAAAAGAAAGAUUAACUAUGGUAACUUUUGGUUAGUAUUGUAAGAGAAAUUAUUUGAAAUCUAUAUUAAAAGAAAUUGAGGAAGAUUAUUCAUGACAAGUUACUUGUAGUUAUAAAGACUACUUGUGCUUGGAAUAGGUUCAUUCAUGACAAGUUACUUGUAGUCAUAAAGAGGACUACUUGUGCUUGCACUUUGUAAUACAUUGUAUUACCACUGUAAGGUCCCAUGUAUUUUUUAUUCACCUCCAGAAACUGUCAAGCUAUCCCUCUGCUCUCUGUCUACUUAAAUAUUUUUUUAUUUGAAGGUAGAAAAUAUCGUCAUAAUUUGAAGCUGAGCACCGAGUGAGAUUUUGUUUUGGAGCAUUGUACAUAUUAAAGUGACUGACUAUGUCAGUAUCAUCUAUAUUGUAUGUACCAUUUGUUAUUACUGCUAAUGCUUAAGAGGAAUACAAGGCACAGUUGAAAAUGCCUUAAUUGUACUUGUUUGAAUAAGGUAAAAAGUAAAUCAAGCAGUGAAUUUUAAUGGUACUAUGCAGACAGCUCCUCUGCCUUGGGUAACAUGAGUAACGCAGGUCGUGAAGGACGGGGAGCAUCAACUCUGUAAAUAUUGUAGAGUUUAUAUGUAAAAUUUACGCUAUAGUUUCAGACUUUGUUCUAGGAUACCAUUUCUGUUGGCUUACGGGAUAGAAUAAAUUAUUUGAUGUUAAAAAUAUUUCCUAUCCUAAGUCUUUUAUAGAGAUGUAAAAUUUGAUCCCUGCGCAAAUUGUUACUUACAACAAGAUUGUAAACCGUCCAUUUUGUUUUAGUCCUAUAGACGUUUCCAGCUGAUUGCUAGGUAGCCACAAUAAUAAACAACAACCAAGACCUCAUUAUUCUUGUCAUUUGUUCUUACAACUACCUAGUAUGGUGCAUGGUGAAAUGGGGAUAUACAUUUUUUUUAAGACCUUCAUCCUUCGGAGAAAGCUUAGGCAAGCUUUUAGAUUUGAUGAUUCUUUCUCAAAGCAUGUGGAAAAGGAAUUCCUUGACACUUCUGUGAAGGACUGUACCCAACAGCUUUGACUAAUAAUUGGCCUGUCUAGUUGUGAUAGGAAGCAAGUCCCUAUUUUUUUUGAGAAAUUUAUUGACACAUGAUCAUUGAAUUAUGGUUGUAGAGAAAAAAAAAUAUGAAGGAAAUCCCAGUUAUCAGGACAAAUUCAUACGAAUGAGAAGUAAUGGAUUCUGUAAAUCAUGCAGCCAAAGGAUUGGCUACUUUUUCCACUGUGAUUAUUAGUGCCUGUAAGGGACACAGAACCAGACAAAAUGCUGAGAGGUUUGGAAAUUGUCUAUCUUAAAAAUUAUUGUUGUUUGACUUUAUUCUUACAGAAGUAGUAAUUGACGAGGGAGGCCAUGUUAGUUUGGCUAUUCUUACAGAAACAGAAUUGAGGAAUUGCGAAUUACUGUUAUUAAGUCAUGCCAGACUUACUUGUUUGAACUGUGCUCUGACUUGGUUGUUACAUGAAGGGAAAGGUACAGUCAAACACAGCUUCAACUUUGUCAUAGGGGAGCUGGAGAAGAUUAUCUCUAAUAAAAGGCAAAUGUGUUUUAAUUUUUUCCUUUGGCAGCCAUGUCUUCCUUGGGCAUUUGUCUAGCCUUACUUUUUCUGCAUUAUGUACAAGAGAACCAAACAAUUACAGGCAAACAAUUCCCUUUGUUUAUGAUUUCUGUGUUCCAGAUCGCCACAUAGACAAUGUUAAUAUAGCUUUUUUUUUUUU